UGGAGUUUCCCUUCUCUCUUGCUCCCAGACCUGAGUUUGAGUCACAGCGGUUGGGUGUUGCCACUCUCUGGUCUCCUGCUGGUGACCCCAACGAUCCUCAUCCAGGUCUCCCGACUAAACCUGCAAACUUACAACUUCUGCUAAAAUUUAAAAAAAAAAUCCCAAUGGAUCAGCACAAGCUUCGCUCAGCAGGGGUUCAGGAGAAACUGGAGAUCAUCGGGGUGGAGGAUGAGGCCGGCAAUCCUAUCAGCGCCCUCACUAUCCUAUCUCUGCUGGAGCGCGUGGCUGGCAUCAUCGACAAUGUCCAGUCCUGCCAGCAGCGCAUGGAGGAGCGGCAGCUGGAGCUGGAGAACAACAUCAAGACUGUCCAGGGGGAUGUGCUGAAGCUGGCCAAGGACCACAGCGACACCAGCGGCACAGUGGAGAAGCUCCUGCAGAAGACCCGCAAAGUGAGUGCCAAUGUCAAGGAGGUCCGCACAUGCGUCGAGAAGCAAAAUGUCAGAGUCAAGAAGGUGGAAUCGACGCAGGAUGAGCUGCUCACCCGCAACAAGUUCAGAGUGGUCAUUUACCAGGGUGAGACGGAGGUCCCAUCAGUGGCUGUCACCAAAUCUCCCAAAGGACCUGGGCUGGAAGGUUUGGAGAUUGAGCCCGAUGCCUACGAUAUCCCCGCGGACCUCUCCUCCGACGAAGAGUACCUGAGAGACGAGGAGCCAGAUCCCUCACGAGCUGCUCGAAUCAAGAAAUCCAUGGUAAAGAGCACUGAGACCCUGAAGGCUGCCUUCUCUAAGGAGAACAUGAGCAAAACUAAAGACAACCUGGGCACCAAGUUCCACAACCUGGGCGAGAAGGUCAUGCCACCAGAGAGGAGAGAAAAGAUGCACCAGGCAGGGGAAAGGCUGAAGCAGUCUGGCGAGCGGCUGAAGGACAACAUUGCCAAGAAGGGUCCAACCAAAGAGACCUUCCGCAUCAAGCUGAAGAAAGAGAGGGCCGUCGCUGAGGGCCAGGAGGGAGUCGAGGCAGAGGGCGAGCCGGCCGGGCCCAAAGAGGAGAAGCCAGAGAGCUCAGUAGAAACAAAGAGGGAAGGACCGGUGGAGGAGGUUGGCGCUACCCGGGUAUCAGAAUAACAGAGAAGUUGUAUAAAUAGGAAGCAGGACGCUGGACAACGAAGGUCUGAGAUUAUAGGUGAUUGUCUCAAUAAUUAAGGGGUCUAAAUCUUAGAGAAAAAACAUUUAUUAAAUCUGUGAAUUCAAGCCAUCAGAUGUUGUUUUUUUGUCUUUCUAACAUCUAAAACUAUGAGACGUGAUCCAGUUUAGGGUUAUAUAGGAAAGUUCUCUAAAGUUCAGGAUUCAUAUGAAAGAUCGGAGAACAGAUGAGGCGGAGGUUUAUUACUUCAACGUGACUGGAGGGAAAAAAGAUCAAGUUGGAAAGAGAUUCUGAAUGUUGACACUUGCAUAAAAGUCUUUAAUCUAAAUGUACAUAAAAUCCUGUACAAACUUCCCAUCUCAGAAGGUGACAUUGGCUUCAGCUGGUCUGAUGUCUGACUGGUUUCUGUCUGCAAACUAGAACAUCUGCCUGAGCUUAGAUAGAACAACUGAUAGAAGAAACUAAGAUAUUUGACUGCCUAGAAGCUGAAAGCUACCUUCAAAACACAUAAAUGCCACACAAGUUUUUUAAAGAUAGAUGUGGCUGCACACAUCGUCUCUAUUUACAAAUUCUUCAGAAUUCAAAAAGUUGUUUUUUUUAUUUUGAUCCAGCAAAAUUAAAUAUGUGCACAUUUCCCCAACAUCUGACCUAAGAAACAGGGAAAAAUUUGUCCGGCGCAGGUUUCUGAGAUGAAAACUGAUAAAAAUGUAGAUUUUAGAGUAACACACCCCUCUUCCAAGCAGCAGUGACCUCAAGCAGACUUUAAUUACUCAUCUGAAAGUGAGUUUUAGCUCAUUUCUUCCACAACUGUUAAAAUCGUUGCUGCUUUUUAACGACUGUUUUUUUAAGUGCAGUUAAUUGACCUGAGAUGAUUACAGAGGUCACCGCUUUGAUUGGACUUCAGAUUUUCUGCUCUUUGAUCAUCGGAUGCUCUGAAUUUAUCCAGUAGAAACUCAGCUUUAAAACACAGAUCAUUGGACUGCAUUAGGAGAGAAUCUCACUGUGUCGUAUUGUAUUCAUGUUUUUGGACUGCUGCUAUCCAUUUACUGCAGUAAGAAAAGUUAUUUAGGUCAACUUUUAGUAUUUUCUUAUUUUUUGAUCACACCUAAAUGCUGGGAAAUGGGAAAAUAAAGCAUUGACUGUUAGUGUCUCUCUCACUGUAUUACUUGUGUUUUGAUUUUGUAUUAAUAAAGUUCACCUGAAACAAAAUAAUCACCUCUGCUGGAUCAAAUAAUCAAA